AUGCUCUCCUUCGCCCUCGUCCCCACCGCCCGCCCCACCCCCGGCUUCCCCACGCUUCGCCAAGCCGCGGGCUCAGCCUCCAAGACCGGUGUGUGCGGAAAAGUCUGGAAGCAGGGCGAGCUGGCAUACAAGUGCAAGACGUGCGAGCGAGAUCCCACCUGCGUCGUUUGCGUCCAGUGCUUUAAACUUGCGGAUCAUGCAGGGCAUAAUUACGCCAUGAUCUGCACAGAGGGGGGAUGUUGCGAUUGCGGGGACGUACAGGCUUGGCGCCCCACAGGUUUCUGUUCGGUACAUAGUGGCGCGAGUGCAGAGGAUGACGAUCCGUCAGAGGGCAUGCCGCCACGUCUCAAGACCAACCUGCUAGAGCUUGUAGGCGCUGUAACGAACCGCAUCUUGACCUAUUGCGCCCAUCUCAGGAUUGGAAAGGGCAAUAAGAAGACCCAAAUCCAGUUUGUCUGCGUUCUGUUAUCUUGGUUGACGGAGGUCGUGUCUUGCGGAGACGGCAUUCGUCGUACAGUUGGCCUGUAUCUGACUUCAACCCCUGCUCAAAUCCCUGGUGAUGGCCCUCGCCUUGCUGAAGAGUUGGGAUUGGACCUCGAAAGCAAACCCCACGGCUUUUCAUGGCUUGCAUGGAUGCUUGCCCUGGAUGGCAUCGACAAUAUGCCAGAGCCCAUUCAGGAGAAGCUACAUGAAAUGUACUUUCAACUCAUCACUGAUCUCGUUUUCAAGCGCGCCUUCCUAGAGAUGUUCGUUGACAACUAUGAGAGAUAUCUUCAUGCCCAGGUUGUCCGGAGGCGCAAGAACUACUCAACUGGGUCAGAUAAUGAGAAGCAACCCGGAACAGACAUUGUCGCCAACUUCACAGUUCAGCUCUUCACGGUUCCAGCCUUGGUGCCGGUCAUGAUUCGUCAGGGCGGCCUUCUUGAUAUUCUCAUCGACAUGCUCGGAACCCUCUUCGAAACUUGCGCCUCUCCUGUUGCCGUGUACGGCGAAAAGGUCCCCUUUGAAGAAUCUUCGUUCGCAAACGAAUACCAGUUGCAAUUGCAUCGUCAGAAGCAGAUGUCCGAACCAGUGGCUUCCAGCUCAACUACUCCGCAUCAAACAACUCGGAGGAAACAACACUGCUUACCGCUCCCUUUUGCGACGCGAGACAUCAGGCAUAAGAAGGUCUUCAGACGAGCAAGGACCAGAAGUAGAUCUGACCAGCUCUUACAUGUCCCACGUGUGACUCCCCCGACCGAACGCAUCCAGGAAAUGACAGAAGAUGCAGACUCAGACAGCAUUGCGCCUUCUCCAGCCUCCGUGGCAGGUGCUAGUUCUCAUUCGCGCGCCGAGCAAACAGAAGCGCAAAACAGCAGCACUGAUGAGCCACGGCAUACCACUGUGUUACCAGUUACGGGCAACGCUCGUGCUGAUGACGGACAUGAAUCACCGCAUGUCUUUAUAGCUAUGGAAAUCCAGGAAGAUGACGUCGAGAUUUCACGGGACCCAGACACAGAGGACGCCGUGCUUGUAUACAUUGGUGAGGGCGCUGUUGGCUUAGGAGAGGACACCGACGGAGAUGCUGAGGUGGGAGAGACAAUCGAUGUACCCAGAAGGAUCGAUGCGAUCCUAAAUUUUGAAGCCGCUGAGGGUGGGGCUACCUUCACCGAGCGAAGCCGCAAGAAGUUCUACCGCAUGAUAAACGAGCCACACGUCAAGGAGCAAUUGACAGUGUUGGAGGAGGGUAUGCGCUUUACGGUUCCGAAGAAUGCAAGGCUUGGCAUUUCUGCGAGCACUGGCACUGUCGACAGUUCGCAUACACCAAGUUCCACACCUCACGUUACGAGACGUUCGAGUACAGCGAGGCGACGGCUUCCCGCUCGACCAACACGGCCUAGUCCAUAUCUCGCAGCAGUACGGGAAGCUCGUCGCAUGGCAGAUGAUGCAGUGCGGGGGACGGGUGCACUUGCGCAUCCAAUGCGCCUGGACUGGCCCUUCAAACAGGAGAAGGUAAUGGACUGGGUAAAGUGGAGAGUCAAAUACGACUUGAAGUACAUUCUGACACAUCGAGCUGUCGCGUUUCAUCUUAUGCAUCACCGUCGAGACCUAUUUCGAAAGUUUGUUCGUGUCUUAUCUAUGGCACAGGGCAUGCAUCCGUCCCCUCGAAGGUUUGGAGAUCAUAUUCCUCUUGAACACAACAACUGGAGGAAACCGUUCACAGUAGAAAUAGAGUUGGUUUAUCACUAUGUGGAACUUCUUUCUGAAGCAUUCUGUGGGUCCCAUACAUCUCAACCACCGUCGUCAUGCACUGUGCCGCAGACAGCCCAGGAUGUUGAUUUAGUAUCUUCACGCUUGCAAUGUAUCUCUGUGGUUCGCUCAUGCCUUGACGAAUGGAUUGAACGAGAGAACGCGCUCGAGGCUCGCUCCACCUACUCGGGAGAGUCGUUCUCAAUCUCGCACUCUAUUUCUGUACAUUUACCUCUCCACAGACUCUUGAGCUUCAUGGUUUUCCAUGCCCUUCGAUUAGAUGGGACAAGCUUAAGAGCGGCGCUCUCAGGUGGAGUGGGCGAAGCAUCUGUGGAUGAUGCACGGCGCUUGCUAAAGCAUCCGUUGCGAGUACAGGCAUUUUUGGCGCAAGAGAGAGCUGGUAUGUGGAGGAGAAAUGGAUUUGCAGUUACCGGCCAAAGCACGUGGUACCAGUCGACUCAUUUCUCAGAAUGGUUUAUGGACUUAGACCUGUUUAUACAACAGUGCUGUGCGGCAAUCACAGGUCCCGAUAUAUACACACAGGAUUUAUUGGAAGCGUUCAGGAUUGCUGACUUUUCGAAAGCAAUUGAUAUCCCAGAGAUAUCGACGCAAGAAGAGACAUCGCAGGCUACGGACACACGAAAUCCUUCACAAGUACCAACGCGAGUUCACACCCUGGUAUCAAGCCGAUCUCUAGAAAGCCCCCGGAAGAGAGCAGCUACAAUAGGUAGGUCUGCGAAGCAGCUUGGUUUGUAUGCGCUAGCCCCUAGGACACAUGACGGGACAAGCCGCUUUCCUGAGGAUGCGGUCAGAGGUACUGGCAAUACUCUGAGCGAACUAGCUGGUUUUCUUCCCACGAUAUUGGAAGAUGUUCUAAGUCACCUAGUUCGCAUCAUGUCGGAGAGAUCUAGGUGCGGUUUAGGGGAAGCUGAUUUUCUACGUCGCAAACUUGUCCACCAACUUUGUUCUGGUCCCAAAUCUCAUUCCGAACUCUACAAGGCAUGUUCUUUUCGCAUCUCGAUGGAGUUGGAUUCCGACGAAGACUCUGCCGAUAGCGACACUAAUAGGGACAAGGCUUAUUCGCUUGUGGAAUCAAUUCUACCACAAAUAGCUGACUACAUUCAACCCCGUGGUCUGGAACAGGGAAAGUAUACGCUCAAGGAAAGCAUUUGGGAUGAAUUUGAUCCAUUUUGUCCGCACAUGUCUCUCACGGAGAAACACGCAGCUGAAUUACGCUACGCCACGGCCUGUGGAAGGCAGAAUCGGGGAAGGCAAGUCAUACCGACUGAUAAUGUGCAUGAACGCGCUAUAUUUCCGCAACUUCGUGACAUACUAGCAUUCAGUUUGGCCACUACCCGCAACAGUGGCUUGGUGACAGAGCUUUUGACCAAAGUCUUACCUCGCAAUGGUGGAUCAUGCUAUCUAGAGGGCUGCUUACCGGCUGCCCUGGAUCUCGUUUGCGCUGCAGCAGAAAUGCCAUCUACAGGUCGAGAAAGAUUUCAGGGUGGGCACUGGCUGUAUGCGUGCACUGACGACAACUACUUGAAAAAUAGCGCGCUGAGCGCCAUCUGCGACAUGUACAGUCUUAGUCAAGAUGCAAACUCGAAGUUGUUCGCGGAAUAUCUUCCCGUCCUUAUGCGCAUUCUGGGUCGGAUAAGAGAAACAAAGAACGGCGUCAUUCAACGCUUUUUGGGACACGCCCUGAACACUGCAUUUGACGCAAACAAUUCAUCAGAUUUCCUAGCAAACAGAAAGGCUCCUUCGGACCAAGAAAGAGAAAAUCGAAGGCUAACAUUAGGCAAGAGAAAGGAAAAGCAGGCUGCAGUUCUUGCCCAAAUGCGACGCGCACAAGCUAGAUUCGCUGAGCACAUCGGUGCCAAUGUUUCCGAAACUGAGACCCCUAGCAGUGCCUUGCGCCCGGGAAAUUCAACACAGUCCGCAAGAGACCAUCACAUGCUGCCGGGCGAGGAUGUCUCCCUCGCGCCAACAGAUAGAUUAGAUUCUGGAAAUAGAGGUCUUCUAGAAGAAACUGAGGAUGUCCAGCUCCCAGAGUGUGCGCUUUGCCACGAGACCGGCCGAGGCGACGGCACUCGUCUUAUGGGAUUAAUUGGAUUUCAUCAGACAACAAGACUGCCAGCAAUUGCUCUCUCUCAGUGCAAUAGUGGCACGCAAUUCGAUGAGAAAGUGAGAGGGGAUAACUUAGAGGAGGCUUCGAAGGAUUCCGUGCACCGGCAGCGUGAGGAGGGAGAAAAUACUGGAGACGUUGACAUGGACACAACAAGUAGUGAAAGGUAUUCAUCCCUCCAAGGCUCUGAGCUUCGGCAGUCUUUCUUCCUGAGCCCGGAGAUGCUUAGACACGGUGUGGAAUCUUGCGAGAACCUCCACAUUUCAUUUUGUGGGCACUCAAUUCAUAUCCCGUGCUUCGACAGAUACUUCAACAUUUUGACGCAAAGCAGAGCACGGCAUUCAUUGUACGAGGGAGCUAAUGUGCUUGAUCUAGACAAGCUUGAGUUUCUGUGUCCAGUUUGCCGCAGACUUGCGAAUAUGGUUCUUCCAAUUAUGAAUGAUGUAAGUGAAAAGGGUCAGGCCACAAUGUCAAGAAGUACAAGGUCAUCAAAUUCUCCGUUGCCGUUUGAUGAAUGGGUAGAACUGUGUGAUCUGGAAAUUCAAAAUGGUUUGAGCAGAGAAGGCUCCGCCCUGCAGAGUCGUUUGAGGACAAAUGAUGAGAACGGAGAGGAUGAGGGCCAAGGUAUCGAGCACCAAAAAGGGGAAAUUGCGAGCAAGGUGCAUGCCUUGCGUCUCUCCAUCAUCAACAGCGGGAAGGCUGUAUUGCAAAAGUUUGGGUUACAAAGCUUUCGAAGUGCUUCUGCGUAUGGUAGGACAGCCGCUGGAGAUAUGGACAAAGAUAUUCCAUCAAGCAGAUCGUACGCGAAACUUCCAUCAGCUGCGAUCGCAACUGUUGCGUGUGCUGAAAUUGCGGUGAGAGGGGGCUGUUGGUAUGACUCUGCCUCCGGGCUGGCAAGAAGAAGCUUGAGAAUUGCAAUCAUGGAGGCUCGAGCUCAAAUUUCCUUGGAACCAGAAGCGCGUAGGCAAGGACUUCGACUGCUCUGGGAAGCUGCUCGCUCACCAGAAGCGUCGAAAAGUCUGGACCCUUUCGCUACAUUUGCGUUCAUGUUUUUGCUAUGGGGUGACGAUCUCAAGUUGCACGAAGCCAGAAACCUCGUUCGAGUAGGUUUCAACUUAGUUUGCAAACAGGGAUUGAACUGCGAGGGAAUGACCGAUAUUGUUCAAGUAGCUGUCAAUCUCAAGAUAUUGCUAUACUUACGAAGGGCAUGCAUGAUGGUGUCAUCGUUUUUUGCCCUUUCUUCCAUCGGUCUAAUUGAAACAUAUCGUAAUUCGAACGGCAGUAUAUGCGAGGACAAAGUGCGUCCUGAGAUCCAGCAUCUCUUGUCACACUUUGGCAUUCCCACGCCGCCAGAAAUGAGUAAGAGGGUCCCUGUCAACGAUUUUAUUGAAGUGAAUAGGAUCCCUUUGCCACUAUGUUUCAGGCAAGAACGAGUUGGUCUGAUCAAACUUCCGCAGUUAUUCCAAUCUCUCUUGGAGGAUCUAGAUGGCAGAAGGUGCGCUUCUUGCAAAGCAAAACCAAAGUACCCUGCUUUGUGCUUGGUGUGUGGUGAUUUGUUUUGCGCAGAUAAAAGCCAGUCAAGCCAACACUGGCUUGAAGCACAUCCGAAGAUUUGUGGUGCAGGCAUUGGGGUUUUUCUGGUCCUAAAGGUAACGAAAGUGCAAAUUAUUCGCAACAAGAGAGCCUCUUUAUGGGGUUCACCUUAUCUGGACGCGCAUGGAGAAGAAGACGUAGACUUAGGGAGGGGAAAACCGUUGUUUCUCAACGAAGAGCGCUACUCGACCUUACAGUGUAUGUGGUUAACCCAUGGUUUCGACCAGGAUUCUAGGAUUUUGAGCACUACAAUACCAGUGCAUAGAGUGCAUAGAGAGCUAGAGAUUUCUACUUUAUUGCUUUAGAAAACACUCCGUGCCGGUGGCACGCUGUACACAAAGUUGUGAGAAUA